AUCAAUCCAGAAGAGUAAUCGAUCUUCUGCUCUCUCACUUCGUUGCUAUCCCCAAUCUUGCAAGAUGGCUAUCGCAAGACCCAUUCGGAUGCUGGGUGCAGCAUGCAUCAUCCUUGUUCUAUUUCUCGUCUUCCAGGUUAACAAGAGUCCUACGCCUCUCAUUGGCAAUAAGGGGUCCAAGCUGGCUGGGGGCAUGAAGUCGGAUCCUCUCCUUGAGCCGACUGAAGAACCUGAGGGCUACUUAUGGCGAGCCGAAGAGAACGACUAUGCUCCGGACAGCACCAACUCCGCCCGUACAAAUGCAGCGCUCAUCUCCCUUGUCCGAAAUGAAGAGCUGGACGAGCUCAUUCCAACCAUGCGCGACCUGGAGCGAACCUGGAACAGCAAGUUCAACUACCCAUGGAUCUUCUUCAAUGACAAGCAAUUCACCGAGGAGUUCAAGCGGCGAACACAGGCGGAAACUAAGGCAAAGUGCAUUUAUGAGCAAGUGCCCAAGGAACACUGGGACGUCCCCGACUGGUUCAACGAGGAGCUCUUCAAGGAGUCUGCGGAAAUUCUGAAGGAAAAGAACAUUCAGUACAGCGAUAAACUGUCUUACCACCAGAUGUGCCGAUGGAACAGUGGCAUGUUCUACAAGCACCCAGCUCUGCAGAAGUACCGUUACUACUGGCGCGUUGAGCCCAAGGUCAAGUUCUUCUGCGACGUCGACUAUGAUGUUUUCCGGUUUAUGGAGGAUCGCAACGUCACCUACGGUUUCACUAUCAACCUUUUCGAUGCCCCUGAGAGUAUCCCCACUCUCUGGCCAGAGACCGAGAAAUUCAUCGCCGCGAACCCCACUUACGUAUCGAAGAACAACAUGAUGGAAUGGUUGACCGAUGACAAGCUCCGCCCCGAGCACACUCGUAACGCCAAUGGAUACUCCACCUGCCACUUCUGGUCCAACUUUGAGAUUGCCGACAUGGAGUUCUUCAGAGGCGAGAAAUAUUCCGCAUACUUCGACCACUUGGAUCGCGCCGGUGGCUUUUUCUACGAGAGAUGGGGUGACGCUCCUGUCCACUCUAUUGCCCUCGGUCUGUUUGAGGAUGCUGCCAAGGUUCACUGGUUCCGCGACAUUGGAUACAAUCACAUUCCUUAUCUCAAUUGCCCCAACUCUCCCAAGUGCAAGGGCUGCACCCCUGGCAAGUUCUACGAUGGCGAGUCCUGGCUGGCCAAGGAAGACUGCCGCCCCAACUACUUCAAGUUUGUCGGAACCCAUUAA